UGCUCGUAUUUACAAAUUCGCGUUUGUUGACUUUUCGUUUGAUAACUGCUCGACUUGCGACAAGUAAACAGAGCCCAGGUGGAGCAGAGAUAGAAAUAAUGAGCGGUCUUUGGACCGAGGAGAAGACAUAUUUUGACUGAUAUUCGGAUGGAUUUGAUAAGAGUAAUUUUGUUGAUGCCUUAUAAAUAUAGAAUACGCACCCAUGACAAGUAUAGUGGCUAUCUCCCUACCCACGCAUUUAAAGUAUCCCCGCUUGUGCGAUAUAUAGACACGGACACACCACACAAACUUUGAAACCCAUAGAGAGAGUGAUAGAGAGAGAGGUGUUUGGGUAUACGUUCAGCAGCAGACGAGAAGGAUCAUUUAAAGCUAAGCAAGCAAUUCCAGUCUGGUAGUGUACGUGAAAGUGUAAGGAUGGCUUUAAGAACUGCAGUGCGGAAAGCAGUCCAGAAGAGAGGCUUUGCAGCAUCGCAUCUUAGGCAUUUAGCAUCUUCCUCUAAUAUCAUUACCUGUCCAUUCCCGGAAAUCGAGAUCCCUACUUGCAGCAUACCAGAAUAUAUCUUCAGCAAGUUCGGUUCCUAUGGCAACAAAGUCGCUUUCGAAUGCGGGGUGACCGGACGCAAGUACACGUUCGACGAGCUCCGCGUCAAGUCCUACAACCUUAACCGCGCCCUCAGGAAGAAGCUGAAACUGCAGAAGGACGAUGUCGUCGCCGUUCUCCUACCGAACGUGCCGGAAUUCCCGAUCGCCGUCAUGGGCAUCCUCCUCGCCGGUCUUCGCGUCACCACCAUGAAUCCCAUCUACACACAAGAUGAGAUAAAAAAGCAGUUCGCUGAUGCUGGAGCUAAGGCUAUGAUCACCUUGACCGAGCUGUUUCCGGUGGUCAAAGUAGCCUUGACCGGCAAAGAGAUUCCCAUCAUUUGCAUCAAUGAUCAGGCCUCCUCGACGACUCCUACCGGCGCUAUUAACUUCAAAGAGUUUGCGGACAACAGCUGCGACAUCGAAGAUAUUAAGUUGGACGAUCAGAAUGCCGUUGCGGUUAUGCCUUAUUCCAGCGGAACGACGGGUCUGCCGAAAGGAGUGCAGCUUUCGCAUCGCAACAUCCUCGCCAAUUUAUCUCAGUUCAUGUCCGACGACUUCACCAUCAUGCGAUUGGCGUCCGGCGAUUUCCAGGAGGUCGUUCCGGCCAUCCUCCCGAUGUUCCACAUCUACGGAUUCACCACUAUCUGCAUGGCAGGCAUGAACAACGGUGGAAAGACCAUCACAUUACCAAAAUUCACUCCUGAGUCGUACCUCAAGUUGCUGGCGCAGCACAAGGCUACCAUCCUCUUCGCAGUCCCUCCAAUUGUUAUUUUCUUGUACUCGCAUCCGGCCGUUAAGAAGGAGCUUCUGGAAAACGUGCACGUUUUGGUGUCUGGUGCCGCUCCGCUUGGCGCUUUAGAUGAGCAGAAGUUUAAAGACAAAAUUGGACAGAAAGUCGAUGUAUUACAAGGAUACGGAUUGUCUGAAGCGUCGCCGACUGUGAUGAUGGGCGCUAGGAAGCACGACCCUAAACCAGGUUCCCUUGGAAACAUAAUGCCGAACACCGAGGUGAAGAUAAUGCCGGUGGGCAACCCAGACGGAGAAGCCUUAGGUCCAAAUCAGACCGGAGAGCUAUACGUUAAAGGUCCUCAGGUUAUGUUGGGCUACCACAACCGGCCAAAGGAGACGGCUGAGACUUUAGUGGACGGAUGGCUGCGAACCGGAGAUAUGUUCUACUACGACGAGAACCAAACAUUCUUUAUCACUGAUCGUAUUAAGGAGCUGAUCAAAGUCAAAGGAUUCCAGGUUCCUCCUGCUGAACUCGAGGAGAUCAUCCGAGACUUCCCAAGUGUGAACGACGCCGCCGUCAUCGGUAUCCCUCACGACAUCUACGGCGAAGUGCCUAGAGCAUACGUCGUUGCAAAGCCAGACUCUAAACUGGACGUGGCCGAGCUCAACGGUUUCAUCGACUCCAAGGUUGCCGAAUACAAGAGGGUGAGAGGCGGCAUCGUCGUCACUGACUGCAUCCCGAAGAACGCUUCCGGAAAGAUCCUCAGGCGGGAACUCAAAUUGCAAUACCAGAACGGAAAGUGAAAGAGACGAAAAUAGCAAAAAAGCGUGUACAUUCUAUAAUUAUGCAUUUUUGUUUUGUAAAUAGGUGAACAGAUGUUAUCAUUUCUUUUUUUAUAUAUAU